CCGGCUUCCAUCACGUAAGUUGGAUCUUCCACGACUCUGCUUUCUUAACCUCCACAUCCAGCAGCAUUUCCAAAUAUCAGUCCUCUUUAGGAAAAAACCUUGACGACCUACGAGGAAUUGCGUCACUUAUGAUGUAAUGGGAUUGGUUUGUAAAAGGAUUAUGAACCGACCUCCGGGUGUCCAAUAUCCUGUCUUGCUCUGGUCAAUAUUGUUUGUCGUUGUAGACGAGACAACAAGAAUCGUGACGACGUAAAUGUUCUUUGGCCGACAUGGAGUUUAGACGACGUGAUUAAUGUCAUCGGCAUAGUUUGGUAAUUCUUAAACUGUUGUAGAGAAAAGAUUUGAGGCAUCUGAUGCCCAUGGUUGAAUGCCAUUAGUUAUAAGGCUGUUGGUAUGUAGACAGGAAAUGAACUUCUGCUAAGACUGUACCAGGGAACCUAUUUAAUAUUUUCACUUGACCAAAUUCCUGCUGCUUUGGUGUAUGUCCUGAUGUCUCCAAUUAACGAAAAACGUUAGAGGGACAACUAACAAGUUGAUCAUUUUUAUUCUGAGGAAGACAGUACAGCCUGGCUAUCGUAUAAAGUAAAACGGGAAAAUUAUCUGUUGGAUUGGGCCGAAAAUGGAAAACAAUACGUUAACGUCGUGGACUGUCACACCUGAACGCUCUGUUGGGCAUCCUGUCAGCGGUUUCUCGUUAUCAGUUUUGGAAAAGAUCGCGAAGAUCUUGGAUUGUUCUCAAGAAGCUGUGCAAGAUACCCAAAACCUACAGAGAAACUUAAAAUCCCUCAGGGAGGAGAAGGAAUACUGGGAAAACUUUAUGGAUCUGGAGGAGUGGAACAGAGAAACAGUCGAUGAAGUCGAAAUAGCGUGGAAUAAAAGAUCUCAGGGUGACCAGUCAACGGAAUUACUAUCCUUGGAACAUCUUAGUGACAAAGGAACACUUGAACCUGACAAACCAUCUUCACGCACACGACCUCUUCGUCGUUCGCACACGGACCCCACAGACUUGCUUUGGGUAUUUCGUAGACGUGCAUCCUUGCUUGCACAUAGAGUUCAUCAAGACCUUGCUUCAUGUGAGAAUACGAAUGAAUACAAUGACCCCUAUCGAGAUGAGAACGUUGAAGAAAACUGCAAGGCCGUGACUGAGCAAGGAUUCAGUAAAGAUAUUCCUGACAAGACACAGUACCCGCGUUCGCAAGAUAACGAUCCAAAGGAGCCCGUCGUGAACGAAGAAAGGUUAAAAGAAUCCAGCAGUGACAGUGAGUCAAGGGACACUGCUUACGAAUGGACUAUUACGCCAAUAAAACAUCAUGAUCCUCUUCCACGGCGCAAGAUCUCGGCGCCUGCUUACCGUCCGGGUCGCACUCAGAUGGCAAUGCCUACAAAUCGUAGAGCAAGUGUGGCGGUGGCCCCCCGGCGUAUCAAUAGAAGAGGAAGUGAGGCACCAGCUCUUACCGUCAUUGCAAGACGACGAAAUUCGCAAGUGGCAUAUCCAGUGGGAUUGAGAAGAAAAUCAUCAAGAGCUGCCGGCGCAGAUAAUCAUCUUAGUAUUCAAGCAAAAGCCAAGCAUGAAUUGUUAGCCAACCUAGUCCUUCCAGCCUGCGUCGACCAACCUCCAAGAACGAGAGAAAGAAGAAACACUUUUACCUUCCAGGCAUCCAGUAUGCGAACCAAGAAAGACGAAAAGAGAUAUCAGGUUGCUAAAGAGAUCUUAGAGACAGAAAAGAAGUAUCUCUCUUGUUUAAGGACUCUUAAAGAGGUAUUUGAGGAACCAAUGAGAGAAAGCAAUUUAAUGUCUUCCAAAGAAAUUGAUGUGCUCUUUCCUGGAGAACUGGUGCAUAUCCUAACAAGUCACACUCAUUUUAUGAAAGAUUUAGAAGAACGACUUCAAAACUGGAAAUUACACGGCAUUGUUGGAGACAUUUUUACGAAGCUAAGCAGCUCUUAUCAUAUUGAUGUCUUACGAAUCUAUUCCAAUUACGUUAACAACUUCCCCAAGGCAAUAGGCGUAAUAAACAAAAGUUCAAGGGGAUCACACAAAUUUAGGAAAUUUUUACAGAGCUGCUCUUUAAACUCGGAAUGCGAAGGACUAGAUUUACCUGCUUUUCUCCUUACUCCAAUUCAAAGACUACCUCGAUACGUCCUUCUUCUCAGGCAACUUUCAAAGUACACAGAUGCAGGACAUCCUGACAGUUUUCACAUUGCAAACGCCUUGGAAACAAUGAAACAAAUGAUCAACAUUCUUAACGAUUCUAUCCAGAGCUCUUGUAAACUGGCAAACAACACGCAGAUUAAACGGAGCUUCAAGAGAAAGUCAUUGAGAAAAAAGGGGAAAGAACUUCCAAGGAGCAGGCACAAUUCACAAGACCACGAUAGAAUAUCUUUGGGAAAUAGCAGCGUGUCAACGAUAUCGAUGGUAUCCCCUAGGCCACUCACUACUUUUUCCCAAGAUACAACAGCUGCGAGAGAUACGCAACAAACUGUUACUUCAGAAGACAACAGCAAAUCUCCUGCACUGUGUCGUGUUCAUAGUGUGUCAGGCGGUGAAACGCCCCACGAGAGAGAGAUGUAUGAAGAGAUGGCCGCCAUUGAAGAAGAGGCGAUCGAGGAUGUAAAAGAUAUCAAGAAUCAAGGGCAAAAUGUUUUUCGAAUGGCAGCAGACAGUCUUAUGAGGAAUUGGCAGCGAAGGUCUAAGAAAUGGCGCAGAUCGACAGAGGAACCCUUCAAGCGCGAAAGUUUGAGUGAAACUGAUAGGACAGCAAAGGAAAACGAAAUAAACGAAAGUGGAAAUGAACAAAAUACGGCUGAUGAAGGCAGCUGCAAAAAUGAGGAUGAAAAUGCAAAUAUAAGGUCAGAUGAUAAAGAAUUUACAACGAGCCGAACACCACCGUGUAAUCCGUGUAGAAAAAAUGCCGUUGCAUCUCGUGCGAGGCCUCGUCCAGUUUCUCUAGGAUACUUGUCUAAUUAUCAAUUAAAAGAACACGACGAAAGAAUCAAGGGCAAGGUGUUAUCGGACCCUAGUUUAGCAAAGGAUGAUGAAUCACUUGAGUGUUCAAGAGAUGUGUGGAUACCAAGGAGCAAUACUCUCUCGCCCAAAAGGAGGCCAUCUGAAAAUUUUCGAAGGUCAGUUUGCUCUAGUGUGGUGUCAGGAGACUCCUCGCCCUCAACGGGAAGCAAAAAGAGCUUAUCGCGAAUUUCUCAAGAAAGUCUGGCAGAUUCUGGAGUUUCUGAAACGCCCGGGAGUUCACCAUCGAACACACUAAACAGCAGAACUCAUAAAAUCUUAAAAGAGAGAAGGGACAGACUUAGCAGUUCAUCGCUCACCAAUGUUUCUGGGACAAAUGAAUCUAAACAAAAACUCUCCCGGCUGAAUAGGAGGAGCUGGGGUGACUGGGUGUCCGCCGAGAUGGAAAAUACACCGGAUGAGGUGUCGGAAGAAAGAGAUGAUCAAGUUGACGAUGUCAACGUCAAAAAUAAACGCAGGUUUAAGGAUGUUAUGAAGCAAUUUUUCUCUUCCAAGAAAAAGAUCAAUCAAUUGUACUCUGGAGAAGCUAAUGCAAACACGCCAUGCUCAACAAAGAGACCCCACAGGUCACAGAGAUCAUCAGAUCCUUGCGCAAGAGUUUCCACAGUUUAACAUCAAAAGAUGAAAACAGCUGGCUCAGUGUUUGGCACUAGGUUCGACUUGAUAAUUAAUGGAUUUCAGUUUACUUUAAGAAACAAGCACGACCUCUCAAAAAGACUUCUAUUGUGGCAACUUGGAUUCAUUGUGUUCUCUCUCUCUCAACCAACUAUUGCUGAUUUAUAAAAUGAGCCUGAAAAAAUGUGACGGUUCAUGAACGCACUCUCCCUUGCGAAGGAACACUUUUCUCAUAUCUAACUUCAGGGGUUUUUCCGAGAGACUUAAGAGCUAGUGGCUGUUUUUUUAUUUUAUUUUACAUACAUUCCAACAUUUAAGUACAUCCACGAACA